CUCUUCUGAAUCCGUCAAUGGAAGAUUCUCACUCUCACUCUCACUACCCUCGCCCCUAUAGCAACUCAGCUCCACUCUCUUCCAUCAAUGAAACUUCUGAGCAAGUCAAAUUUUCAAGCUCCGAUGCUGCGCUCUUCUCCAGCUCUGAUGCUGCGUUCGUCUACUCCUCCGCCUUUGGAUCGAACAGUAGUAGCAGUGCUAAGUACAAACUGAUGUCACCUGCUAAGCUCCCGAUCUCUCGCUCCCCGUGUAUAACUAUCCCUCCUGGUCUCAGUCCUUCUUCCUUUCUCGAAUCUCCCGUUCUUCUUUCUAACAUCAAAGCUGAGCCUUCUCCGACCACAGGUUCCUUCUCCAAGUUUCAACUAAUGCAAGGCUCUAGUGGGAGUGCUGCUUUUUCAUUGAUGAGAAGCUGUUCCAGUGGAAAUGCAUAUGGUGAAACGACCGGCGAAUUUGAGUUUGAAUUUCCUAUUGGAUCUAGCUCUACAUCAGGAUCACUGGCAAAGGAAGCUGUGAUUUGUGCAGGUUUCAACCAACAGCAAAGUGAACCACUGAUUCAAGUUCAAAAUCGAUGUCCUUCUCAAUCAUUAGCACCUCCAGCUCUUGUUAAAAGUGAGAUGCCUAAUUCAAAAGAGCUGAGUCUACCUACACCUGUUUGUUUAGAUGCCUCGUUAAUUAGUACUGCUGCUGCUGCAACUGAUAAUGAGGAGGUAAAUCAAAGAGGUCAAUCAAAUCCAAGCUCGCACAGGUCAUCUGCUGAUAAUAAAAAUGUAUCAUCAGUAACAGCUGAUAGAUCGUCUGAAGAUGGGUAUAACUGGAGAAAGUAUGGCCAGAAACUUGUCAAAGGAAGUGAAUUCCCAAGGAGCUACUACAAAUGUACAUACCCAAACUGUGAAGUUAAAAAGAUAUUUGAGCGCCCUCCUGAUGGACAAAUAACAGAGAUUGUGUAUAAAGGUUCCCAUGAUCAUCCUAAACCCCAACCCAACCAUAGGUUUACUCCUGGUGCUCUUACGUCCGUCCAAGAAGACAGAGGUGAGAGAGAAGCAUGCCUCACUGGUCAAGAAGACAAAUUCAACACUAAUGCCCAGACUAGUAACACUGAGCCCAGUGGUACUCCACUAUCACCUCAACAAGCAGAUGAUGAUGGUCUUGAAGGUACAGUGUCUCAGUUGCACAGCUCUAAUGAUCAGAUGGACGAAGAUGAUUCAUUUGCAAAAAGAAGGAAAAUGGAUGGUGUCAUGGAUAUUAUACCAGUUGUUAAGCCUAUCCGUGAACCACGUGUUGUUGUUCAAACUGUGAGUGAAGUUGAUAUAUUGGAUGAUGGAUACAGGUGGCGGAAGUACGGUCAAAAGGUGGUACGUGGUAAUCCUAAUCCCAGGAGUUAUUACAAGUGCACCAAUGCUAGAUGCCCUGUCAGGAAACAUGUGGAGAGGGCAUCCCAUGAUCCCAAAGCUGUAAUUACUACAUAUGAGGGGAAACACAAUCAUGAUGUACCAACAGCCAGGACUAAUAGCCAUGAAAUGGCAGGAUCAGCGCCUGUAACUGGGAGUUCUAGGGUCAGAGUGGAAGAGAAUGGUGCAAUUAGCUUGGAUCUAGGUGUUGGUAUAGGACAUGGCAUGGAGAAUAGACGCAAUGGACAACUUCACACACUGCCUGCAGAAACUGUACGUAGCCAAGGUCAGGUUUCAAGUUCUAUUGUGAUGGUAGUACAGCCAGCUGCAGUUGCGGCAUGCUACAGCAUUGUAAAUGGUGGCAUGAACCGUUUUGGAACUAUAGAAAAUCGUGUUCAGGGCACUGGCUUUGAGACUCUGCCCUUGCAAUCUUCUGCUCAAUAUCCUCAAAACUAUGGAAUGAUACUUUUGGGCCCAUGAUUGUUUCUGCCUUGAGGCAAAAACUUAAAAAUAAGAAACUUCUGUCUUCUUUUGCUGCUUCUUGGUGGAUUACAGAGGGCUACAUCUCUUGUUGGAGUAUACACUUCGCUUCAGAUUUGAGAACCCAGCAUGCUGUAUUAUGCAGUUUCACCGAGUGUUCGUUUCUGUAAUUAGCUUUAAUAUCACAGUUGCUUCAUACCGACAGUGUGCUACAAAAUGUAACAACUAUGGAUGCCUGAGUAGAUCUGAAUGUCAAUAUAUUCGCCCAACAGAAGGCGAAAUUCGCUCGGCCUAGCUGUGAAGAACUUGAAAGUAUGGGCAAUAUUUAGGAAAUUAUGAGAUAUGGGCAAUAUUUAGGAAAUUAUGAGAUACUUGAAUAUGUUGUAUUUCUGUAAUAUGGAAGUAGACGGGUGACAAUUAUUUUCCCAAUAUACUGAGGUAAAGGAAAGAUCUGGAUCUGAUGAAAAUGCAUGUGUAGUUUUCCA